AUGGACGAAAAACCUUUCUUGACCGACCCAGAGCAGCGUAGUGAAGGAGCAGCUCGAAAGCAGAGCUCCGGAGACGAGUCGGAAGCGGCCCCGCAGGGCGUUACGGAGCAGACGACGCCUUGUCUGUCUGUUUCUGAUUCUGAAAUCGAGCGCGGGGAAGCGUCAUGUGCUGCAACUGUGCAGUGGCCCCAGACCGAACCGCUGCUAACGCACCUCCUCGUCUGGGGAGCGGUGUCCCUGGGCAACGUAGUUGCAGUUCCGCGUCUGCAGCCUCCUUUCUCGAGCUCCACUGAGUGGGCUCUAGCCUCCAUUCCUGAGCCAGUAUACGCGGUGGGUGGUACAAAUUUUACGGUUGUGCUCACGCGCCCGGGUACCUUGUUUUUCCUCAGUGAGUCGGGGACCCCGGCGCGGUUGGCUCUGCCCACGGAGUGCGUUUCAGUAGCGUGCAGUGCGCACGUGGCUUUUGCUGUAGGGCGCGAUGGGUCACUUUACUAUAUUCUGCAGUCUGAAGAAGGUAGGGUGCAAAUCGAUCGCGUCUCUGAACUCGGGGACUACAAGAUCGUGCAAGUAGCCGCCGGACGGCAUCACUUUUUGGCGCUCAGCUGGGCGGGCGAAUGCUUCCUUGGAGGGAACCCCAAUCCUGCCGAAACUAACCCGGACGGCACUGUGUCGACAAAGCCCAGCAUACUCACGAAUAUAAGGCGUAUUCACGCUCUCUACGGUCAACCUGUGUGCAGGAUUGCCUCUGGUGCGUAUCACGUUGCGCUGAUUACUUCAUCGGGAUCGUGUUUCACAUUUGGAGACAACCGAGAUGGUCAGCUAGGUAACCCAGCCGCAACCAACGGAGCAGCAUUUGUUCUGCAGCCCACGAGAGUGCCGCUGGCCCUUCCGAAUGACGUUUACGUAGACGUCGCAUGUGGUGCCCGUCACACAUUGAUUCUCACGGCAUCGGGAAAGGUCGUUUCCGUUGGUGGUGGACGCAACGGUCAGCUAGGCCAUGGUUCUACGGCAGACAUAUCCACAGUGACCGUUGUGCACGGCCCGCUGGUUGACAAACAUAUUGUCGCUAUAGCGGCAGGCGACUCCCACUCGCUCGCCCUUGAUGCCGAGGGGACCCUCUAUGCUUGGGGCGCAGGCGAGUCGGGUCAGCUUGGUGACGGUGACGUCUCCGACAAGCUCCGUCCACUGCCUAUCCAGGCGCCUCGUUUACGUGUAGCUGCUUUGCAAGUCGAUCCAGAAAGCGAAGACGGAGAGCACCUGGCUGGCGCGACUAGAAACCUUCUCAGCCUUGCGUCAGAUGCCGGGAAGCUUAUCUGGUGCGGCGUAAGUGCGAGCGGUAAUCGAACGUACGGCGUCGUAUGUCCGAGCGAUCGCCAAGUGCCGAUACCUGUGUAUCGCCCGCUGGCACCCAGGGGCUCGCCAUUCUUACAGAAAGGCUCACCAGCGCCUUCGAUAGAUUUGCGUGCAGUGGAGCGAUUCUAUGCAACGCCCCAGAGAUCCAAGGCAACACUCUAUAACCUGGCGAGAGAGCAAGUGUAUCUGGCGAUCCUGGCAAUGGGUGAUGCCAAGAUGCUGCAAGAGUACACUGAAGCUCCGAAUGUGUCAUCGACGUUCAACGAGAGCGUUCUCUGGACGCCACCUUUUCCUGUUCAACAUCGUCCGCCCGUGGAUGCACGAGAAGCCUGCGGUCGAGAUCCUACCGCUCGUAGGUAUCCCGAGGCAGCUCUAGCGAUGCUGGCGCUGAUUCAGAAUCCUAUCUUUGCGGACGCAGACGCACAGAACCGCUCACCGGCACUUCUAUCGCGCGCACUGAGCUUGUUGAUGCGUUGCACCACGGGCGCCUUGGAACGAGUGGUUAACUCGCUGCGGGAGGCUCCAGCAGAGCUGAUUAUCCAGCGCUUUGUAACACCGAUGAAUGAUCUGAUAUCUAUAUCUCUGCGGGCAACGAAGCGCGUAUCGCAGGCGACGAUCACUGCGGCGAAAUUUCUGGAACUAGUCCACCGAGCGGCUGGUGACCGCCUCCCGCGGACUGUUUUCUAUAAUGAUGCAGUUUCGAAUAUAGUCGACCUUUGGACUGACUAUGAACGUUGGCGUCGAGCCCCCGAGAGCUUCUCAUUCUGCAAGGAUGCUCCGUUUCUCAUCGAUCAGGCAGCGAAAGCACGCAUUCUCCACGAGGAAGCACGCGUCACACAGCAUUCGGAGCAAAUGCAAGCAUUUUUCCAGCACGUUUUGCCGAUGCCUUUUGGAAUCAUCGGGCAGCCGCUCGGAGCUGACACCUUCUGCGUGCUGAGGGUGCGGCGAGAGCACAUCGUGAGUGAUACGCUGGUCUGCAUCCGAUCUCUAGAUUCGCGGGAUUUGUUGAAACCGCUUCGCGUUGAGUUCAUUGGUGAACCGGCUGUCGAUGAAGGUGGCGUUCGCAAGGAGUACAUGAUGAUGCUCAUGGAGAAACUCCUAUCGCCCGAUUACGGGAUGUUUCAGUACGACGCCGAGACGAGAUACAUAUGGUUUAAUCCCCACAGCUUUGAAUCCAAGAUCGAAUUCAUGCUCGUUGGGUUGCUGAUCGGGCUGGCUGUUUACAACGGCAUCAUACUCGAAGUGCAUUUUCCACCGAUUUUGUACAAGCGCCUGCUAGGUAUGUCGGUGGACGUAGCGGACCUCCGAGACGCUUUUCCGCGAGUAGCGCAGUCGCUACAGCAGCUGCUGGCGUACGAAGGCAAGGAGCCUGUCGAGGACGUUUUCGGUUUGACCUUCUCCAUUGAUUAUAACUACUGGGGCGAAAUCCGCACUUACGAUCUUGUUCCGAAUGGCCGAAAUAUUCCUGUCACGAGAGAAAAUAGGCAAGAGUUCGUGCGAUUAUAUGCCAGAUAUCUCCUCGUUGACUCUGUUCGCGAACAGUUUGACGCGUUCGCGGCGGGAUUUUCGAUGAUGCUUUCCCGGGGCGUAGCGCUCAUGCUGUUUUCGCCAGACGAACUGGAGAUUGUCGUUCGAGGUGAACCAGAACUUGAUUUUCACGCUCUUGAGCGCGUCACCAAAUACGAAGGUGGAUACACGUCGGAGUCGCUGGCUGUUCGGUGGUUUUGGUCCAUUGUUCACGACAACAUGAAGGAGGAUGAUCGGCGCAGGUUACUAGCCUUUGUCACUGGCUCCGACCGCGCCCCGGUGGGUGGCCUGGGCAAACUGCACUUUGUUAUCCAGCGAGCAGGUGCAGACACAGACCGAUUACCGACUGCGCAUACGUGCUUCAACGUUUUGCUUUUGCCGGAUUACUCGUCUCGAGAGAAAAUGCGUGCAAUGCUGGACACAGCGAUAAAGAAUGCGCAGGGCUUUGGUCUUCAGUGA